AUGGAAAACCUACAAGGGGCCGGGAAGCUAUACUCUGUUUGUGAGAGAAAAAGAGUGUCAUUUGUUCAAGUGGUGCCACCACCUACGCCGCCCUAUGACGCCCUUCCUCAUUCUCCAAACCUAGAAACCCUCCCUCCGCCCUUCCUCAACUCAAUUUCCGAACUGAAACACUUCUCCGCCGCGAUGUCCGCCUUCCUCCGAUGCUACGAUGACCUCCACACCCACCUCCAAUCCAUCAACGCCUCUAUCUCCGCGAUGCUGCCGCCAGAACGCCCUCACAUUUCCCAAUCACCCCCGCAGACACCCGAAGCUCUAGCAAAUACAACCGUGGAGAAACAACAGGACGAUAAAAUUCCCUCGAAAUCGGAGCUCGAGGGCUUCUGCAAAGCAAUGUGCAGCCGCGGCGUGCGGAAAUAUUUGGUCUCUCAUUUGUCUAAUCUCCCAAUGCUGCAGGAACAACUGCCAAAGGCGCUGAGGCUGGCUCCAAACCCUUGGAAGCUGGUUUUGGAAUGUUUGGGUAAAUUCUUUUUGCAGGGGAGCAAGGCCUUUGCUAGGGACUCCCCGAUGAUCCCUGCUCGUGAGGCGUCGAUUUUGGUGUUGGAAUGCUUCUUAUUGAUGAGAGGAUUGGAUGUUUCCAGUGAGGCCAAUUGUGGGAUCUUGGACAUUGAGAAGGCAGUGGAGGAGGAGGCGAAUGUUGCAGCCUUGGCGUGGCGGAAGAGGUUAGUGAUUGAAGGGGGUUUGGCCAGGGCUAACCAGAUCGAUGCACGCGGACUUUUGCUGUUUGUUGCUUGUUUUGGCGUACCGGAUACGUUUCAGGUUGAGGAUAUGCGGGAUUUGGUGAUUGCGGGGAAUGCCAAGGAGAUUGUCCAUGUGUUGCAGAAGUCUCAUUUGCUUAUGAACUCAAUUCCAGAGAUAGUUGAGGAGAUGAUGAAGAAGAAAAUGGAAGUAGAUGCUGUUGAUAUUGUUUAUACAUUUGGCCUUGAAGAGAGGUUUAAUCCACACACAAUUUUAAUUUCAUUUCUACAAGAAUCUAGUGAAACUUGGAAAAAGUCAAAAAAGGGACCACAGGGUUCACCAGCUACACUUAAUGCAGCAAAUAAGAAGCAGUUGGAUAUUCUGAAAUCUAUCAGGGGGUGUUUGGAAAGGCACAGCAUUGAUCCUGCAAAGCUUCUUCCCGGAUGGCAAAUCAAUGAAAAAAUUGUAAAUCUAGAAAAAGACAUCACUGAAUUUGAUAGGAAAUCGGAAGUAGACAAAGCAUCUCAGAAAAGAAAACCGAGUGAAAUCGAGACGCCAAAAGUCCAAGAUGCAAAACGUGUGCGCCAUGUUAAUCAUGGUACACAGCAGCAGAAAGCUAGUGCUCAUGUUGAUAGCAGAAGGGGUUUGUUGGAUAACAGACAUUCUAACCGUGUCAAUAGUUAUGCUGCUCCAGCUGUGAUGUAUGGAGGACCUGGUGCAGGGUUACUACCAGAAAGUAUGAUUCCGUCUGGAGUUGGGGCUGCGAGCCAUGGUGGCAUGCUUCCGACAUAUGCUCAUCAGGAGCCAGUUUUGGCUGAUCCAACAGGGCAGCUUAACCGUGGCACUCAUCCCUACAUGUGGCAUCGGGAUUCAGCCAUACACGAAAGGUAUACUAGCCAACCUCCACCUACAGGGCUAGGGUUGACUUCCUUAUACAGGGCAUCAUCAUCCGUUGACAGCUUCCCAGGGAAUACUACCUCAUUAGUAGGUCAUGGAAAUCGGGGUUCUACAUCUGAUCUAUAUCAGUUGCAUAAAACGUCUGCCACUACAGAUAACCAAUUUUCAGCGAUCACAAAACCAUUGAAAUUGAUGGUUGGAUUUCUCCUCCGAAUACAGCCAGUUAAACAUUUGAUUAAAAAAAAGAUUGUCUGA